AUGAAAACACAUUAUCGACAGUUAAAGUGCACAGUGUGUGGAAAAGAGUUUAAACGGUCAAACGACUUAAACAGACACCUGAAUUCACACAAAAAUCAGAGUUCUUACAAAUGUCACGUGUGCGGCAAGACCUUCACGAGGAAAUAUAACAUGAAAGCACAUGUGACCAAAAAGCAUGGACAAACUGGUGGAGAUCUCUCUAGAACUAAUCAACCUCCUUCUAGAAUUCGAUUACCUGAGCCUUCUAGUACUAAAUCACCACCACCUUCCGCUAUACAGUCGCCGCUGCCGGGACCUUCCGGCAUACAGUCGCCGCUGUCGGGACCUUCCGGCAUACAGUCGCCGCUGUCGGGACCUUCCGGUAUGCAGUCGCCGCUGCCGGGACCUUUCGGUAUACAGUCGCCGCUGCCGGGACCUUCCGGUAUACAGUCGCCGCUGCCGGGACCUUCCGGUAUACAGUCGCCGCUGCCGGGACCUUCCGGUAUACAGUCGCCGCUGCCGGGACCUUCCGGUAUACAGCCGCCGCUGCCGGGACCUUCCGGUAUACAGUCGCCGCUGCCGGGACCUUCCGGUAUACAGUCGCCGCUGCCGGGACUUUCCGGUGAACAGUCUGAACCAUCUGUGUCAGGAGAACAUACCUAUUCCGAUGAUGUGAGUUGGGGAGGAAAUGCUAAUGUUAGAAACAUAUUUCCAAAUGUCAAUGAUAAUAGUGACCUACUCACUUUUUUUUGCAAACUCCAAAACGGAAGUGAUUGA